AUGAAUUUUGCGCCCUCAAAAAAUUUUGCUUUAAAAUGGAAUUCAUUACUAUCUUUUGAAAUUAUAAUUACAGAAGAUCAGCCAACCAACCCAAAUUCAGUUCAUAAUUUGAAGAUUUCAAUAACAUUUAUAUUUCAGUAGGAAGAACGAAAUUUAAACUAAUUAAGAUAUGAUACAGAACCCACAAUUUUGAAAUAUGCAAGUAUAUUUAAACAAUAGAAUAUAUUAGGUUAAUCAAAAUCAAUUUCAAGAUUAUUCAAAUUAAUGGCUGAUCUUAUUUUCGGCAAUCUAUACCAUUCUUCAAUUCAUCAAAAAUAAUGCUCAUUUUUAUAUCCACAAUAAGGUCAAUAAAGAAAAGGCUGA